CGGCUGGAAAAAGCGGUCGACAACAGCAAUGCCACACCAAGGCACGAUCGAUGGACUGGUACUUGGACGAACAGAGCACGGCGCUGCAGUACUACGCUGCGACGCCGGGACAGCGCACCUUCAAGGUCCGUGUGGACGCGAUGUGCGAUUAUGUCCGUCCCCUUGUGCUAAAGGCGUUUAUCCAACGCUCCAAAACAUGGGACAUCGUGGCUGUGGACGGUGACCCUCGAACACCCGACCUCUUGUGGCAGGAGUACGAAGAUUUAAAUUGGAAGGAAAUCCUGCGUGGCCAGGUCGUGGCCAACUCGUACUGUGUGCGGAAAGGUCUGUCGCGUAAAGCCCAACUGUCCAUCUUCCUCUCCAAAUACAUUCGCAAGAAUCCUGCGUGUGUCUUGAGCAAGGCGUUGCCGCAAACGCUGGUCGUGGAUCUCUGGGAUGCCUUUGACCAGAGUUUGGCCGACCUCGGCAUCAGCUUCCGCAACCGCCUCGAGUCGUGCCUGUGGGAAGUAAAGCAGGUUUUCGACCCCGAAAACGCCGACACGUACGUCGCGGGCGGGCGCUGGAUCAUGAAGCCUAGUGCGACGAACAAGGGCGCAGAAGUCAACGUGUUCAACACCUACGACAAGUUCAAGGCCAUCAUUUCCGAGUGGACUGACAUCCGUGAAUGGGUCGUCCAGGCUUACAUUGAGCGGCCGCUGCUUCUGAGGAAGCGAAAGUUUCACGUUCGCGUGUAUGUCGUCGCGGUCGGCGCGCUCGAAGUUUACGUGUAUCAGAACGUGCUGCUUCUCACCUCGUUGAACGCGUACGACCCUGCGAACGUCGACGACAAACUGUCGCACAUCACCAACACGUACCAGCAACAAGACCACCCAAACUUUGUCGAGGCGGACUGUGUGUUGCUGCUCGAAGACAUGGAGGCUAUCCUUCAGGAAGACCGGGGGCUGUCGCCCGCCCAAGCCAAACGAGUCACGACGACCAUGCUCGCCGACAUUGGUGCCAUCACAAAGGACGUGUUUGCCGCGUAUCGAGGCGAGUUUUCGGUUUUCCAGCCCUUGCCCAACUGCUUUGAAGUGUACGGCGUUGACUUUAUCGUGGACGACGACUUGCGUGUAUGGCUCUUGGAGGUGAACCCUGGCCCGGAUUUCAAGCAAACGGGCAAUCGGCUGCAGCCGUUAAUCCAGACGCUGUUUGAAGGCAUGGUCGACAUCGUCACGGACACGUUCUUCGUCAAGCCUGCCACGCAACGCGUGUACCCUGCCUUUGAAAAGGUGUACAGCGACAACUGGGGCACGUCUGCCACCAUGACGUUUCGAGACGACUAGGCACUCGAUCUCGUUGGAAAACGCCCCAUGUCAAUCCUCGCAGGACCUGGCACUCGUUUGUGGCAGCCUCGAACGCCCGCAGCUUUAGAUAAAGGUCGCAGCUUUAGAUAAAGGUCUCAGUCGAAACCACGUCCUGUUGAGUUUUGCACGUAAAGUGCUAUUGGGUCCG